GACUACUUUUCUCACGUGUAGCACUUUAAAAUAACUUGCUAUUUCAUUUAUUCAUUUCUGUUUUUAUAAUUAUCUUGCUUACUGAAAUGAAUGCAACAUACAUCACUUUUGAUGGCCAUGUAGAGGUUGAAAAAUACAGAUAUGUUUACUUUAUUUUAAUGUUUACAAGUUAUAUUUUGAUCCUGUUCAGCAAUACUACAGUUGUUAGUAUGAUUGUGAUUCACAAGAAUCUCCAUGAGCCUAUGUAUAUUUUUAUUGCUGCUUUGUUAAUGAACUCCAUGCUUUUCAGCACUGCGAUCUACCCAAAGCUUUUGAUAGACUUUUUAUCUGAAAAACAGAUUAUAACUUAUAAUGUGUGUCUCCUCCAGAGUUUUCUAUAUUAUUCUUUAAGUGGUUCUGAAUUCUUGCUUUUGGCAGCCAUGUCUUAUGACAGAUAUGUGUCCAUAUGUAAACCUCUGCAAUAUCCAACUAUUAUGAGAAAAACUAAAGUGAGUAUUUUCCUUGUCUUAGCUUGGCUUGUACCUGCUUGUCAUGUUGUUAUACUGAUCAUUAUAUUUGUUCAUUUAAAACUCUGUAGCUUCACUUUGAAAGGCAUUUUCUGCAACAAUUCUCUGAAUUAUCUUCUCUGUGUGGCUUCAAGAGCAAUAAUGAUAUUUGGCUUAGUGGGCCUUUUCAAUAUUAGUAUUCUUCCAAUGCUUUUCGUACUAUUCACUUACACAAUGAUACUUAGAAUAGCCUAUAGAAGUUGUGGGGAAGUCAGGAAAAAAGCUGCACAGACAUGUGUACCUCACCUGCUGGUUUUAAUCAACUAUUCUUGUUUGUUUACUUAUGAAAUGAUUAUUGUUAGACUGGAAUCUGAUAUUUCAAAGAUUGUACGCUUUGCAAUAAAACUGCAAAUAAUAAUCUAUAAUCCUCUUUUCAAUCCAAUCAUAUAUGGACUGAAAAUGAAAGAAAUUUCUAAACACCUAAGACAGUUGUUCUAUCAUGCUAGAGGAAAGUAA